GAACAAAGUUAAUAACCAAAACGUCUUUAUGAUUCCUUUUCUUUUGAUCAAAACUACUUUCGAAAACCUAAAAAGAAUCAGAUAGAUUUGGUCUCUCUCUGUCUCUGUACACCCUAAUUAAGUCUUAGUUACUGUUUUGCGUGGAAUCACGAUGACAAAAUCAACGACCUCUGAAGAAGACGAAAGGAUGUUUUGCGGUCACUGCUGCGUUAAAACUCCCAUCCGCCGUGAAGGAAACUCCGGUACCGUCAAGACGUGUGAUUGGUGUGGAAAAGUGCUGACAGAUGAGACUGGAACCGUUGAAGAAUAUAAUGAACUCUUCCUUCGGCUUCAAUAUUUCCAAAAAUCGGCUUCUAAAUUCAAAAAGAUAAAGCGACAACGUAUUAAGAACAGUUAAACUGAUGUUACUGUCUUUU